AUGGCCCGAACCCCGCCGCUGUGGAUGCUGCUGCCGCUGCUCUGGGCGUCCACGGGAGCCUGGACGGAGAAGGUGUCGGUGCGGGCGCCCGCCGAGGUCUACAGCUUCCUGAGCUACACCGCGAAGCUGCCCUGCAGCUUGCGACCCCUGGAACCCAACACCACGGAGGUGACGCAGAUCACGUGGUUGCGGCAGGAACCGUCGGGGAAACGACGCAUCGUGGCGGCCUUUCACCCGCUCAGGGGCCCCCACGUCUCCGAACCCGACCGCGACCGGAUGGAGUUUGCAGCCGCUCGGCAGGGCGCAAACCCACUGGACGGUUCGCUGACCAUACAUAGGAUGCGGCCCGAGGAUGAAGCCAACUACACUUGCGAGAUCACCACGUUCCCCUGGGGAACAGGGAGCGCGAGCACCUGGCUCCGCCUGUUCUACGCCCCCCAGGUCUCCAUCUCCCGCUCUGAUGUCCCCGGGCAGCAGGGCCGCAAGGAGACCAUCCUGACCUGUGACGUCCGCAGCAACCCGGAGCCCAAAGGCUAUGAAUGGAGCACGACCACAGGCCCCCUGCCCUCCUCUGCUGUACCCCAAGGCUCCCGGCUCCUGAUCCAACCCACUGAGGAAUCCAUCAACACGACCUUCAUCUGCCGCGUCUCCAAUGCUGUGGGGACAGGCCAGGCAGCCAGGAGAGUCCUGCUCCCAGCCCCUACAGCCAAAGAGGUGGUGGCCGUGUGGGCCCCCGGAGAGGUGCACGGUUUCCUGGGCGACACGGUGAAGCUGCCCUGUAACCUGCGAUUUCCGGAGUCCAAACCCCAGAACGUGACGCAGAUAACGUGGAAGCGAAUCCUGGAGUCCGGCCAUGUGAUGUUCACAGCUGCCGAGUGGGGCCACAACCUACUAGACGCUUCGCUGUCGGUGCACCGGUUGCACCCAGAGGACGAUGCCAACUACACGUGCGAGAUCACCACGUUGCAGGAGGGGAGCUACAGCGCCACCACCUGGCUCCGGGUGUUCUAUGCCCCCCAGGUUUUCAUCUCCCGUUCUGAUACCACUGGGCAGCAGGGCCGUUAUGAGACCACCCUGACCUGUAACGCCCGCGGCAACCCGGAGCCCAAGAGUUAUGACUGGAACACGACCAUGGGCUCCCUGCCCCCCUCUGCUGUACCCCAGGGCUCCCGGCUCCUGAUCCAGCACACUGAGGAGUCCAUCAAUGCAACCUUCAUCUGCCACGUCUCCAAUGACCUGGGAACGGGCCAGGCAGCCAUGAGAGUUGAGUUCCCAGCUGUCCAGCAGCUGCACUAA